GCAGUUCUGUGCCUUUCUUUCCCCAGGCUUUCUAUCAAAGCAUUAGAAGUUGUGCUUUUCAAGGGUGGAAAUGAGAGACUGGUGAGAGCGCUCAGGAAGCAGAGGACUUGGACUCUUGUGGAAAACCCCAAGACUCACCAUGAGGGAGUGUAUCUGCUGGUGAGUCUUCUGCUAAGAUCUGGACUCAUAACACCUGAGAUCAUACAGAGCCUCCUCCCCUGGGUGAAUUCCCCCUCAGAAAACCACCGAGUCACCAGCACAGCUUUCCUUGCCCAGCUAAUGAGUGAUCCCCUGCUCAGGGAGAAGAAGUUCCUUAAGCCAGUCUUACACAUCUUGGAAGAAAAGUCCCAUGAUAGGAACAGCAUUGUCUGGCAGAUGGCUGUAAGAGGCCUGGGAAAUUUAGUCUAUGGGGCGCCUGAGAAGGUGAAAAAGCACAAGAAGUUUCUUAUGGUCAUACUGAUCAGGGCCUUAAGUGACCCUUUCAGUUCUGAAGUCAUUGGCGAGAGCAUGAAAGCAGUGGCCAAAGUCCUGAAGGAGCUGAAAGAGAAGGACAUAGGUUCUUCCUUCAGAGACCUCACCCAACAGAUCCGGACCUCCUUUGACAACGAGGACGAUGCUCUUCGUUUAUUGUCCUUUGUCCUAUUUGGCAUCCUGGCCUGCCUGACCAAAAGAAAAUGGAAGGGCUGUUUCACCGACCAGGAAUGCAGAGCUACGUUUCACCUCUGUGUUCCGUUUUUGGGACUGAAGAGGCUCCAAACUGCCGUGAAUGAACAUCUUGAUGGCACAGCCGAGCUGAAGCCUGAAGAGCUCCAGGUGGACAUUUGCAGACACCUUAAUGCCGAGCUGCUGGAGAACUUGUACAAAAGCACCAUCACGUACUUCUUUAGCAGCUGGGAAGAGAUCCGGACAGUUGCAGCCAAGUUAGCUGGUGAGAGAUGA